AUGGAGCUGUACAAGUUGUCAGGGCGUGUGAGUGGCGGGGUGUGCCACAAGUGCCGCCACAACACUGCAGGGCGGCACUGUCACUACUGCAAGGAGGGCUUCUACCGCGAUGGCACUCGACCCAUCAUCCACCGCAAGGCUUGCAAAGAGUGCGACUGCCACCCGGUGGGGGCCUCGGGCAAGACCUGCAACCAGACGACGGGGCAGUGCCCAUGCAAGGAUGGCGUCACGGGCACCAUGUGCAACCGCUGCGCCAAGGGCUACCAGCAGAGCCGCUCCCCAAUUGCUCCCUGCAUCAAAGUGCCAGACCCGUCCACCACCCGGCCGGCGGCUCACAGUUACUCGCCACCGUCGUGCGGGAAGUGCAAAGUCACCAAACGCCGCCUCAAACUACGGAAAUACUGCCGCCGAGACUAUGCACUGGUGGCGCGGGUGUUCAACAAGGAGGUACUGGGCGAGUACACCCGGUUCGACAUCCAGGUGACCAACGUGUUCAAGAGGACCCGGUCUGAUCGGGUGAGGCGAGGCGGAGACCAGCUCUGGGUGAGGAACGAAGACCUCACUUGCAAGUGUCCAGACAUCAAGAUGGGCUACGAGUACUUGAUCCUCGGGAGGAAGGAGCGGAAGCAGCGACCAGGUCUAGUCAUCAACCGCCAGUCAAUCAUCAUCCGCUGGCGCAAUAACAAGCAACUGCGCAUGCGCCGCUUCCUGAAGAAGGCCGCGAAGAAGUGUCGGCCGUCGAGGUACUGAGCAACUCGCCGUCGGCCACACCACCGUGCAGGCGACGCUGCUCGGGGCCCAAGUUCCUCCUCCUGAGGAGGAGGACCGCGGGAGUUGUGAUCAGAACUGUUGCUUAUUAUGCAAGUACAUAAUAGGAACAAGUGCAAUGGUUCGACGCGAGGAUGAGGAACGGCGUCGAGUUACGCGGGUGAGGGGAGGUGGGGUCGCGAAUGAAGGGAGGUGGGGUCACGAAUUAGGGGUACACAGGGAAUAUCAAUGUAG